AUGGCAUCUGUACCCCAGUCCGAUGAGGACUGGGAGCGUCUCAAUGCAAAAUCGUGGGAGCUACCGAACUACGGUCCCGGUCCAGAUUUCGGCCGGGGCACUAUCUACCGUCAGCGUAAUGAUGAGAACGUUGGAAACAAAGGUCCUGAUUAUGACAAGGAUUUCGAUCCCGAAGGGGUGCCUGUAACUGACCGAUUUCUUGCAAGUGUACCUGCUGUGCCUACGAAAACACCAACUCCGAGUCAAAGUCCCCUUUCGACCCAGCCAGUUAUUACCAGACCUAGACCAGGUCGAGUUCAGGCACUUGAGGGACCAAUCCUCAAUGAGCGUGGGCCUAAUACCGGCCCUUCAAAUACAUUCGAAAGGCCGAGUUAUUCAGCACGUAGUACCAAAUUGAACCCACGUACAAAUCCCCGAGGGAAAUAUUUCGACACACCACGAUCACAGUUUCAGUCAAAGAAAGGUAGUGCUAUUUCGACUCCCUCGCAGCACAGAGUUAAGAGCCCCCCUACCGGGCCAGGGCAAAAUGACUCUCACUCCAAGGCCAGGUGGCGCAAGGGCUUGGCCCCAGAUGCUUCUUUUCGUCUGCCUUAUGAGUGUCAGGUAUUCCAAGAAAAGAUCAGACAAGUAACUACAGGACAAACUUCCAAUAUCGACUUCCGCCAGAGAGUUAUUGAGGAUACAGGUGCCUAUGUGCGGAUGAGCCCAGGAAAUGCCAAACUCGUUCACAUCUGGGGCCGGGAAAAAGAUGUUUUGGAGGCCCAGAAUAUGCUCCAGGAUAUGGUGAACCGGCUAAUGCGCCAGCGGACUUUACCUAAAGCAUCGCGUUGGGCUAAGGUACACGCACAUUCAAUCACGAAGGCUGCCCAUGCUCGCUCGAAGGAAAGCUACGAGGAAAGAUUGGAUGAGAUGCGAAAGCCACCAAAGCUCGCCACAGAUUACACACUUGCUUUCCUCUGGCCAGCGGAUGGCCCCUCGCUCAAUUACUUUGUUACUGCUCGGCGUGAGGUCCUUGAUCACAUUCGCCUGAAAUAUGACGCGAAUAUCUACAUCAGACCUGGUAUCCCUGACUGCCUUUUCAUGUCUGGAAAUAAUGAGCGAGAUAUGUGCAUUAUUGCAUCUCGAUUUCGAGAGCUGUGGGAGAGACUAAUGGUCCAACAAGAGACGGAAAUCAAGAUGUUCCUCAAUGCGGCACCCCGAGUGGAGCUUAUGAGAACUCACGUCGUCCUGCAAAAGGCUAGUGGACUCUCAAGACCUGCUCUGUGUGGACCGGAACUGGCUCCAGAAGUAGCCGCGACCUGGAAGGACACUGCGGCGGAGAUCAAGCGCAACAACAAGAUUACUGUCACUACACGCCUUAGGCAGGCACUUCAUGUCAUUCCCCAAUUUGGGGGAUUCCUACAAAUGCGAGCAAAAUUUGGUUCGUUCGUACUACAACGGUGGCGCAAGCCGAAUGAUGGUAUUUCUUAUGAGUUCUCAGAGUUUCGCGAGAUGCUUAGCCAUACGAACACCGAGGGACGUUUGCUUCCUGGAAUCGGGCUGCAGCAGGAGGAAAUCUUUGAGAGAAUUAUGAAAUCGAAAUUCCUUAAGCCCUGGGGUCAAGCUCAUAUCACAUCUCUACCGACGCUGAUGCCUAGAUAUUCCGCUAGCUUUGAGUACCAAGUGAACAAUGAUUCGACGAUUCGCGUGGAAGCCAAGUUCUCUCUUCCACUUGGGUCGCAGGAGUUUGAAGUCAAUGGAAUACGUUGUUACAAAGCAACACAGAUCGGUGCUCCUGUUGAUCGUCAGAUGCCAAUGCAGAUCAGCAUGAUUGACUUUGAAAGAUCCGACUGGCAACUCGAAGUGAAGGCUCUUGAACUCUGCCCCGAGAAGGAGAUAACCCCCGAGCUAGACAGAUUUACGCGUUCUAUCGGUUUCCAAUGGAACCCAAGUGUAAAGAGCAUCGGAUCUAAACCCCAGCGAAAGGCAAGGUUUUCCUUUGGUUCCCCAGUCAAGCACUUCGUCGAGAAGGCCGCGAUCCAGCUCCAAGUCAAAGACUCGCCGCAUGUAUUCGAGCUCGCUCGCUUUGACGAGUACACGUACGCGGCUGGUCACUGGUCGAUGGCCCCCAAAGUUACCUGGGGUGCAUCGCUGUUCAAUCCUGAUUGGGAUGAUAUACUAGGCGAACAGGUUGAGGUUAGGGCUGACGAUAUUUCCAAAAACGGGUGCCUGUCGGUGUUCUUCCCCCAGCCGGGGGUUGAUCAGGAAGCGACGGACAAUGAAAAGCAUAAGACAGACGAUGAGAUUCGCAAGGAGGCUGAACGACGAAAGAUGGCCGAGGAGGAGCAACUGGGCCUUUUCAUGAGCACUGUCCAGAAGGUCGCGCGGAUGCUGGGAAAUCCUGGCGGCGAGAUGUCCGAUGCCCUUGAGACUGAUCUUGGGAGUCUGUUCUAG